AUGGCAUUUAUCCCCCGGGGAAAGAUUGCGGUCGCUGUUGUUAACGCAGAAGGGAAAGGGGUGUUUGAGGAGGACCGUGUAGCCGAAGUCCACGAUCUGCCCGGAAAUGCCACUCUUAGACGGGUCUUCAAGGUAGACCAGGUGCCCGUCCCUGGCAUCGCAUACGAGUCUUCACAUGCCAUGGAUGGCAUCGCAAACAAGUCGGGUCUAGAAUGGGUUGAAUGCGAAAUGCCAGUGGGAGCCAAAAGCCCAAUGCACGCUACUCCGUCGAUUGAUUUUGGUACCAUCAUCACCGGAGAGGUCACGCUGAUCCUCGACUCUGGAGAGGAGAAGACACUGAAAGCUGGAGACUUGUACAUUCUGAAAGCGGCCGCCCAUGCCUGGGAAAACAGAACGUCCCAACCGGUUCGUUUUACCACAGUCCUAGCAGCGUCGCGCCCAUGA